UGCCGACUCAUGCGCUUUAACAUGACAAACCCUAUUUUUUCCUGGGUUUGUUUAUUAUUCGAUUUUCUCUUCCAAACAGAAAUAAUUUUCUAUUAAAAGGCAGCAAAACUACUGCCAUUGAAUCUUGAAUCUACUGAGGUGCAUCAGUACAAAUUGAUAAGUGCCAAAAUAUACUGAAUGUUUUGUUGUUGUUCUGACCAAGAGGACUACGGAAAAGGUCCGAUGGCUGCAAUACGGAAAAAAUUGGUUAUUGUCGGUGAUGGAGCCUGUGGAAAAACAUGUCUGUUAAUUGUAUUCAGUAAGGAUCAGUUUCCAGAGGUGUACGUACCAACCGUGUUUGAAAAUUAUGUAGCAGACAUUGAAGUCGAUGGAAAGCAAGUUGAACUCGCCUUAUGGGAUACCGCUGGGCAAGAGGAUUAUGAUCGUCUACGGCCCUUAUCGUAUCCAGACACCGAUGUGAUUUUAAUGUGCUUCUCGGUAGAUUCGCCAGAUUCCUUGGAAAAUAUACCUGAAAAAUGGACUCCAGAGGUGAAACAUUUCUGCCCAAAUGUGCCAAUUAUUCUGGUGGGCAACAAAAAGGACCUGAGAAACGAUCCUAGUACCAUUAAUGAACUAAAGAAAAUGAAACAAGAACCAGUCAAACCUCAGGAUGGUCGAUCUAUGGCAGAAAAAAUCAAUGCUUUUGCUUAUUUAGAAUGUUCUGCUAAAAGUAAGGAAGGUGUUAGAGAAGUAUUCGAGAAUGCUACUAGAGCUGCUCUGCAGGUUAAAAAGAAGAAGAAGCAUCGUUGCGUAAUAUUUUGAGUCAUGUAUUUUAUAUUAUCAAUAAUCGUUACGUGUGUUUAUUAAUUUCAAGGGGGCUUCUGCAUGAUGUAUUGACUAACAAAAAUAAAACCCCUCAUUUUCUCUUCAUUUUUCUUUUGUUCAAUUUCCUUUCCUGCCAGUGGACAAAUAUAAUUAUGGUUUUUAAGUUAUAUUUUUGUAUGUAACAAUUUCAUGUAUAUUCCAGAUAUGAAAAAUAGUUGUAAAGAUGAGUGUCCAAUGCACAAACUUUACUGAACGUCCACGUAAAUAUUCUCUAGUUCAUGCCUUUCAGUUUAGUAUCUACAGAAUGUUUUGAGGUUUAUAAAAUGAGCAUUAGAUAUUGUAUUAUACAAAAUAAUCCAUGGUGCAUAUAGAGUCAACUUUAUUUUGAAAGAAGUUGACAAUUACAAAUUUAAGAAUAUCUCUUGAUUUAGUAUUUCUGAAAAUUUAUUUUAUUUCCGGACAACUUUAAUAGUAUUGUAUUACGCAGGUUGUCUGUAAUUGUAAUAGCUUUAAAUUUUUCCAUAUGAUGUAUUCUAAAGGUAAAUAAAUUGUUUUCCUAUAA